GACGUUCGACGGACCCGGCGAAGGGAGAAAAGUGCCUGGCGAGGCUCGUCAUCGGCCUCCACACAACGGUGCGCGCGCCGGUGGCGCGAUUCGGUGCAUCACACCAGUUCCUCCCGUGUCGCCCGGGCGAGUGAGACGUGUAGAAUCGUGCGGAGCGGGUGUACACGCGAAUUGAGUUACGAGACUUAUCGCUAUUUUCUAGCAAAACGCUAGACUUAGGAAUCCGGCGGUCUCACAUCGACGUCGGCGACACCUUUGAACCGAGCGACAUUCGCUCGAAAGUCGGAUGCCUCGCGCGCUCUGAUUGCAAGACGUUUCCGACUCUCGCCGCGUCGUCCGCUAGUGUUUACCAAAUCGGUGCUGGUGGUGGUGUGGUGGUGCUGGCGGCGGUGGAGGAAGCUGGGAGGGUGAAUCCGACGGAAGAGGAGUGCGUCGUGUUUCAUCGAAAGGGGCGACAUGGGGUGGAGCUAUAUUCGCAGGCUCACGGCAGCCGCCUCGACCCUGCUCUUCGUCCUGGCUAUAACAGCCUCGGUCAACCUCGUCCACGGGUUUUCCACCGAAAGUGCGGGCGCAUGUCCGCUGCGACAAUACCGCUGCGACAACGCGAAAUGCAUACCAGUUACGUGGGUCUGCGAUGGAGAUAACGAUUGCGAGGACAAUUCCGACGAACGUACGGAGGAAUGCAAAUCUACCAAGGCUUGCACCGACGCGGAGUUCAGAUGUACCAAUGGCCGAUGUAUUCUCAAAAACUGGCAAUGCGAUGGCGAGAACGACUGUCCCGAUGGAUCCGACGAAAACCCCAGCAUCUGCCGGAUUCGACGGUGCUCCGAAAGGGAGUUCGAGUGCAGUCCUGGAGUCUGUAUAACUAAUGUCUGGGUCUGUGAUAACCAUGAAGACUGUGCUGAUGGGUCAGAUGAGAAAAAUUGUCGAAGAAGCAAGAAUUGCACUGCUGAACAAUUCACGUGUCGCGGAAGCAUCGGACAGUGUGUACCAUUGACCUGGAUGUGCGAUGAUCACCCGGAUUGUAUGGAUCGUUCGGACGAGACUGACUGCAAUAAUACCUGCCGUGCCGAUGAAUUCACCUGUGACAACAAGCACUGUAUUCAGCGGCACUGGGUCUGUGAUCAUGACGAUGACUGUGGAGACGGAAGUGAUGAAAAAGACUGCCAACCAUCAACGUGUCAACCUGAUACACAGUUCACCUGCGCAAAGGGUUACUGCAUCACAUCACGGUGGCGAUGCGAUGGAGAUUCAGAUUGUCCUGAUGGUUCUGACGAAAUGGGAUGCACAGAUAGACCACCUAAAGACAAAAUGAACCAUUGUGGAGUUCACGAAUUCUCGUGUGAUGACCACAUCACUUGUAUACGUCAGAGUUGGGUUUGCGAUGGCGGUAGAGAUUGUCCCGAUGGCGCUGAUGAAUCUCCCAGUAAUUGUGCAUCAGUCACUUGCAGACCAGACCAGUUUCAGUGCUCAGAUCGAAGCUGCAUUUCAGGGCGUUUCUUCUGCGAUGGAAUAAAAAACUGUCCGGAUGGUGCUGAUGAAAAAAACUGUACAGCGGCAGACGUUGUUUGUGACCCGUUGAAACAGUUCGAUUGUGGUCAUGGCUCGUGUAUACCACUGAGCAGUUUGUGCGACGGAAAACCUGAUUGUCUGGGAUGGGAAGAUGAGCCGCUAGAUCUAUGUAAAAAAAAUGAAUGCCUUGUUAACAACGGUGGCUGUUCACAGAUAUGUGUUGACCUUCCAAUUGGUUUCCGCUGCGAAUGUAGAAAUGGCUACAGAUUAAUAAACAAUCAAACUUGUGAUGAUGUCGACGAAUGUCUGGAGCCCGGAAGUUGUUCGCAGUUCUGUAAAAAUGAAAAGGGUACCUUUAAAUGCAGUUGUGAUGCUGGUUAUCUCAGAGAUCCACGAGACUUGACUCGCUGCAAAGCAGCUGAAGGCCAUGCAAGUUUAUUAUUUGCUAGACGUCACGAUAUUCGAAAAGUAGCACUCGACCGUCCAGAGAUGACAGCAAUUGUAAACAACACCAAAAUGGCCACAGCUCUGGAUUUCGUCUUUCGAACUGGUAUGAUAUUCUGGAGCGAUGUCAGUGAUAAGAAAAUAUAUAAAGCUCCUAUUGACGAGGGUAAUGAACGAACUGUUGUCAUUGAUCGUGAUCUAACCACAUCAGAUGGUCUUGCUGUAGAUUGGAUUUAUAAUCACAUAUACUGGACGGAUGCUGAAAAAAAUACAAUUGAACUGGCAAAUUUUGAAGGUAACAUGAGAAAAACUCUGAUAAAAGAUCGCGUACAAGAACCAAGAGCAAUUGCUGUCAAUCCACUGGAGGGUUGGAUGUUCUGGACAGAUUGGGGUGACGAUGCUAGAAUUGAAAGGGCUGGGAUGGAUGGCUCACACCGUUCGAUCAUCGUAGGAACCGAAGUGAGAUGGCCAAACGGCUUAACGUUGGAUUUAGUUGGAAAGAAAUUAUAUUGGGUAGAUGCAAAAUUGAACAAAAUUGCUUCUUGCAACUACGACGGAUCUGGGAGACGGACUGUAUUAUACUCACCUGAUAUUCUCAGGCAUCCGUUCAGCAUUACAACGUUUGAAGAUUACAUUUUCUGGACAGAUUGGGAUAAAGAAGCUAUUUUUAAAGCAAACAAAUUCACCGGCAAAGAAGUUGAGGCGAUAACUUCUGUGAGGUCUGUUCAACACCCAAUGGCUGUACACGUGUAUCAUCCGUAUAGGCAACCUGAUGGAAAAAAUCAGUGUCAGGCAGUAAAUGGGCACUGUAGUCACCUUUGCUUACCAGCACCAAAGAUCAGUGCAAAAUCCCCUCUUCUCAGUUGUGCUUGUCCAGACGGGCUCAGGCUUUUACCCGAUGGUCUCAUGUGUGUCGAGAAUGUAACGACAACAGUCGCACCAACCACCCAAGCUGUCACCGUGCCAUUCAAGAGGUUUGAACCUCCCAAGGUCGCAGGUUCAAGUAGACCAACAAAUGGCACAGAUGGCAAUGGAGGAGCUGGCUUUUCCGAAGAAAACACAGAUCGUGGAAUAGUGGCUGGAAUUGUAAUAGGAGUGGUAACAGUUGGCCUUGCUCUACUGGCUCUUGUAGCCUUUUUGUGCUACAGGCAUUACCUACAUCGCAAUGUCACAAGCAUGAACUUUGACAAUCCCGUGUACAGAAAAACAACUGAAGAUCAAUUUAGUUUGGAAAAAAACCGUUUCCCACUUCCUGCUGCAACGGUUGGCGAAGAGGCUCAGGAACCAUUAACAAGUCCCGGAACCAAUGAUUAUGUUUAAGACUUACUCGGCCUGCCAUGGGGCCGUACAGCAGGUCAAGAAGCAAGCAAAAAAUAAUGAAUGAAUCAAAAAUGUUCAUCAAAAUCUAACUGCGAUGGUGCGAAACACAUGCCUGCCCAAAUGCCCGCCCACCUGCCUGCCUGUUUGUCUGUCUGUCUGUCUGCCUGUCUGUUUGUCUGCUUGCCUGCCUGCCAACUCAGCUGUGAUUAUGUUUACUUUCUGUACUGUGUUUGUUAAUUUGAAAUUUGAUGAAAAGGAAACUAACUUAGGCCACUUGAUAUAUUUCGUUCGCACGUUUUUCACUUUUGCCGAUAGAUAUAAAAGGAGAAAGUACCCAUAAUAUAACUAUAAUCAUUUUGUUUACAUCUCACGAAAAGAUAACAUUAUGUUAUGUGUUUGCAAUCAAAUGCGGCAAAUAAUGGAUAUACAAUUGAUGGGCAUUCUAAAUUCAUCUCUCGAUUACUAGUAUAAUAUUUCUCAGGUCUUGAUCGCAAAAGUAAGAUAAUUGUGUUUAAAAUGCAGUGCUAAAAUUAUAUAUCUACGUAAUGUUUCAACUUAACAAUGAUUAGAAAAAAAAUUACAUUUUCAUAAUAUAUGUUGAAAUAUUAAUUCAAAAUUAACACUUGAAUUUACCGCUAUUCAAAUUUAUGAUUCACAUGCGGUAAACUACUGUAAUUGUGAUUAUUUACCAAGUUAUUAAUUUUAAAUCCAAUUAAAUAUGUCAAAUGAAUACUUUGUGAAUUGAAGAGUAAAAUUAUCAGUUUUAAAUUUGGAAAGACAUAGAUAUUUGCUGCCACAUGCUUGAAAAAAUUUCUCCUUUUAUUGCUUUAGGCUCUGAGUGGUCGAACGGUACUUGGCACGUACGUCCAAAAGUAGCUGCUCAUUUCGGGAUGAGUAACUCAUAUCACAAAAGCCAUUCUAAUUAGAUUCUUUUAGUUAAUUGUCCUUAAGAUUACGUAUUAGUGUUAAUAAAAAAGCAACAUAGAUGUAAUAAGAGCAGCUCAAUGACACUAAGUAUGACUGUGCGUUUGUUAGUUAAUCCAAGCUAUGGUACGGUUCUCAACCUACUAAAAGUCAGUGUAUGAGUAUGUGUGUAGAAGUAAAAUCUCAAAAUAAGAAUUAUACUUAUUAAUAAUAUUAUUAAUUAUUAUAUUACACUAUUAAAUGUGAGAUUUUUAUGUUUUACUCAUAAAUUCUAGAUAUCUCCAAAAUAUUAGUCAGCUUAGAUGCCCGACGAUAGUUAAAAAUAACAUACUACGGCAAGAUUUUUGCUUGCAAUGAAAAGAAAGAAUAUUAAUUAGUAAAAAAAAAUAAAAAUCAUUAAUGCGGAUGGAGUGGAGGGGAGGGAGUGCAAACUAUGCGAGUAAC